AUGGAGGGGAUCGGGCGGGCCGCGCUGGCGGAGGACGCCGUGCGCUACCGCUUCUUCGCGGCGGCGGGGUCGGGCGGCGAGGCGCUGCUGUGCCGCUGCGCUGAGGGGGUGGUUGUACGCUUCGCGCCGCUCCUGGCCGCCUACAUCUGGCAGCGGCAGCCCUUCCGCCUGCGCUACGUGCCGCCGCGGGGCGAGACCCCGGCGCACAUCGGCGGCACCACGCUGUUCGGGGAUAACGUGGAGGACGAGUGGUUCAUCGUCUAUCUCGUCCGGGAGAUCACCAGGGAGUUCCCGGGGCUGGCGGCCAGGAUCGAUGACAACGAUGGGGAGUUUCUCUUGAUAGAAGCAGCUGAUUUUCUGCCAAAGUGGCUGAAUCCUGAGAAUAGUGACAACAGGGUGUUCUUUUACAAAGGAGAACUGCACAUCAUUCCGCUGUCAGAGACUCAGGAGCAGGAAUGCGACCUAUCUGCUGCCAGUCCAACAAUCUCGCAGGCGUUAACGCUGUUAUCCACCCGUUCGGAGGAGUUCCUGGCUGCAGAACCCAUUAGAACAGCAGUGUAUAAACGCAUCAGUGGGUAUCCUGAGAAAAUUCAGGCCUCGUUUCACCGAGCCCACUGCUACCUUCCGGCAGGCAUUGUGGCAGUGCUGAGGCAGCGCCCUUCGUUGGUGGCUGCAGCAGUCCAGGCCUUUUACCUGCGAGAUCCUGUAGAUUUACGAGCAUGUCGCUCUUUUCAAACUUUCCCUCCCGAUGAGCGUGUGAUGACUGUAGUUACUUUCACAAAGUGUUUAUAUGCACAACUGGUGCAGCAGAAGUUUGUUCCGGAUAGACGCAGUGGAUACACGCUACCCCUCCCAUCUCACCCUCAAUACAAAGCCUAUGAACUGGGCAUGAAACUGGCUCAUGGCUUUGAAAUUUUGUGCUCUAAGUGCAGUAAAGUAUCUCCUGAUUCCAAGAGAAAUGUGUUAAGCGGUCCCCUGUGGGAGAGAUUCCUCAGCAGCCUGAAGGAAAAAAAAUAUUUCAAGGGAGAAAUGGAAGGAUCUGCUAAGUACUUGGAACUGUUGCAUAUGGCAGAAGAUUACUUCCAGCAAUCUGUUACCAAGCCAGAAAGCUCUGUUGAAGUGAGCCCGGGUGAUGAAAUCUUGACAUUGCUACAGACAACAACCAUUGAUUUGAAGGAAUUUGAGAGAGAAGCAGCUUGUCUUCCUCCAGAGGAUGAUGACAGUUGGCUGGAGAUUACACCGGAUGAUCUAGAUCAGAUGCUGAAGGAGGCAAGAAAUGAGUCCCUUCCUUGCUCAAAUGAAGAGGAGCAGAAAUAUGACUUGGAAGCAGUUGCUGAAAGUAUGAAGGCUUUUGUAUCCAAAGUCUCAACGCAUGAAGGAGCUGAAAUGCCAUGGUCAUCUGAUGAAUCCCAUGUUACCUUUGACGUAGAUUCUUUUACAAAAGCGUUAGACAGAAUUUUAGGGGCAGACUCAGAAGAGCUGGAUUCAGAUGAUCUGGAUGAAGAGCAGGAGUUUGAUUUCUCAGAUGAGGAUGAUGAAGACUUAGAUGCUGAAAAUCCAAGGCAAGACGAGAAGGUAUCGCCUAAUGAGCUUAUAGGCAGUCUCAAGUCAUAUAUGAAUGAGAUGGACCGUGAACUGGCACAUACCAACGUUGGUAAAAGUUUCACCACCCACAAGAAAGGGGCAAGUUGUGUUAAUGCAACUACGUCACAAAAUGCUGGCCCUGAUUCUGGAGCUGAAGAUACUGAGUUGACACCAGUUGAUGUGGAUAUGAACCUAGUAGCUAACCUGCUUGAAUCCUAUAGUGCUCAGUCUGGACUGGCAGGACCCACCUCUAACAUUUUACAGAGCAUGGGAGUGUAUUUACCUGAAAAUGCAGAUCAUAUUGGCUCUAAUAAGGGAGCAACAGAAUAAAAGACUGUCUUAAUUCAGAAGACAUGGCUGAUUGAGAAAUGAAGCACGGAAAGACUAGCAGUAUUUGGAAGAAGAGACAAAAGGUUUGAAUUUAAAGCAUUUUAUGAAUUAGUUAUGUGUGACUUUAAAGAUGCAAAGUGAAUUUAUCUGCAAAAGCCAUCUGUUUGGAUACUAUCUUGGAUGGAAAUUGGAUUUUUACAGUGCUAACAUGUUUUCAGAAAACUGAAAAGUGGUGAUGUGACUUGAAUGAAACUUUUAUUAUAAAACCUGUCUUCAGUUUUUCAAAUCAAUGAUCCAAUUUGCCAUAUUUCUAAAAUGUCCUUUUACCCAUUACUAGGUGGUUUCAAUAUCUGGAAAGCAGUUCAUGUUCUGAAAAUGCUGCUGCCUUCAGGGGGAGAUGGAGGAAUACCAUGUUAUAGGAACAGUAUUCUCUUGUGGAUUUGGGAAUGCUGGUUAAAUGUUCAGGAGACGCUUAAAUCGCUUUUCCAAAAGUACAAUGCUUCAUUGUAAGAACUUCUGAUAAUUACUGUAAGAAUCUGUUCUUUAUUAACCAGAAGGAUUUGAAGAGUAAUUGGGUCGAAUAUGUAAAUAUUGGCUAUAAGUAUUUUUUGAAUUUAUUUAAAUAAAAGCAGAAAUACAACUUGAGUACUGGAGACGGUUUUUGUUUUUUCUUUGAAGGUACGCAUAACUCCCUCAGUGCAGUAUCGGAAGUUCUUGGAGUUGAAGCAUUUUCUUAAUUGGGCAUUUUUUGAAUUCCAUUCUUGCUAAAUGUUGGUAUCGUGCCAGCAGCAGCUGUGUAUGAGUCCAGUCUGAAGAGUUUUGUUUUGUUUUUCAGUGAAUAUAUAGCUCGAAGGUGUUCAGCAUGUUGCUUUCACAUGAAAAAUCUAUUCUAGAUAUGAAGACUUAGUUUCAACAAGAUAAAUUUGAAAUAAAAUAUGUAGAAGUUCUUGA